AUGAUUAAGCGGUUUUCGGCCAGCGAAGCUCAACGGAUCAGGCAGCUUAUUUCUGGGGAAGAGCUCGGUGAUAGGAAACCAAGCGUGUUUCUUAGACACUUGCGCUCCCUGUCUGGCAACCUAACCGACGAGACCAUUUUAAGAGAACUAUUUCUCCAGAGACUCCCUAGGACGGUCCAGGCAAUUUUGACAGCCCAGUCUGAGUUGAGCCUGGAAAAAAUUGCUGAGCUGGCGGACAAAAUUUUAGAAGUGACUCCCUCAUCUACUGGGAUUAUGUGCGCCACUGCGCCACCCGCGCCUUCUAACAAUGAGUUAGUCCCCAUCAUUGCCCAAAUACAGGCACUCAGUAAGCAGGUAGCGGCUUUGUCUACACGUCAGUUGCGAUCAAGGUCCAGUUCUCGCCGAUCUUGCCCUAGAUCAAGGUCCGCGACGCCUGAAGGCUUGUGCUGGUACCACAGUCGGUACCAGAGCAAAGCUGUCAAAUGUAUCCGGCCGUGCUCCUGGUCAGAUCCGAUUCCGGAAAACCAAGGAAUCAGUCAACGGUAA